AUCUUUUCUAUCGCAUCCCGCUUCCAACUUUCUACAUUCGUAUUCUUUGUCACCGUCUCGGCUUCUCUUCGGUGGAAAAGAAGACAACGUCUAUAUCCCCUUUUUGCAACCAUGCGCUCUACACUCGCACUCACACUGCUGGCCGCCGUAGUAUCAGCAGAGGGCCUUCUCGACCUCCCUCUCGACAUAGGCGCCUUACUCUCCUCGCUCAGUCCCGCACCCGCAAGCGAUCCUCGGUGGACAGACUGGCAUCCAGCCGGCAGCGGCGAUGUACGCUCGCCCUGCCCGGGCCUAAACGCCCUCGCAAAUCACAACUUCAUCCACCGCUCCGGGCGCAACAUGACCAUCCCGCACCUAAUCUCCGGGCUCGCCGCCGGCCUCAACAUGGGCGCCGACUUCUCCGUCGUAGUCGGCGGCGCUGGCCUGCUUGCCUCUCCCAACCCACUAGCCGGCUCCUUCGACCUCGACGACUUGAACAUGCACAAUUUCCCCAUCGAGCACGACGCAAGCAUGUCGCGCCAGGACGCCGCACUGGGGAACCCGCAGCCGUUUUACAACCCAAACUGGCAGCAAUACAUCUCUUUCUUCAGUGGCAAGGAACGCACAGAUGUCUUGACGGCAUCCAAGGCCAAGUUCGCAAGGACUACCGAUAGUAAAGCCAAGAACCCGUCGUUUACGUAUGGCUUGCGCGAAGCCAUUUUCAGUUAUGGCGAGAAUGCGAUUUACCUGCAGACAAUGUCUGAUCCCGUAUCUGGCAAGGCGAAAAUCGAGUAUGUGAGGAGUUUGUUUGAGCAAGAGAAACUGCCGUUUGAACUUGGGUGGAGGCCCAGCGUGCUUCCCGUUACCCUGCCGAGUAUUGGGGUUAUGGUUGCCGAGUUGUUUGCUGUGGGGCCGGAGCCCGUCCCGGAAGGGGCCAAGAUACUUGCGGACUCGUACAAAGAUGCGCUGUUUGCUGUGGUUGGAGGGUCGAAUAUCCUGGGUAAUCUCACGGGUGGCAUUAGUGAGGCGUUGGGCUUGUAGAAUAGGUCACAUUGGUGUUGGAGAGUAGGCUGCAAAUGACCAUUCCAUCUUCGAUCAUGCGAUUUCGUGCGCCUGAUCCCUUGCCC